AUGUCUCUGCGAACGCGAAUGCUGAGGCCGUCAGCCACCGCCGUCGCGCGAGCGCCCAUCUCAAGAAGCCGCACCCACGCAUCGCAGACGCAGCAGCGAUGCACCUCCUCGUCGAAGCAGCUUCCGCUCAGCGGCGUGACCGUCGUGAGCCUCGAGCAAGCCAUCGCCGCGCCCUUUUGCACGCGGCAGCUCGCGGACCAGGGCGCGCGCGUCAUCAAGAUUGAGCGGCCCGGCGUCGGCGACUUUGCGCGGCACUACGACGCGCGCGUCCGCGGCCUCUCGUCGCACUUUCUCUGGACGAACCGGUCCAAGGAGAGCCUGGCGCUGGACCUCAAGCGCCCGCGCGACCUCGCGGCCGCCCGGACCAUUAUCCAGCGCGCCGACGUGCUGGUGCAGAACCUCGCGCCCGGCGCGGCGGCCCGCCUGGGGCUCUCGCACCAGGCCCUGCGCGACGCGCACCCGCGCCUGAUUGUCUGCGACAUCUCCGGGUACGGCGCGCACGGGCCGUACCGGGACAAGAAGGCGUACGACCUGCUGAUCCAGAGCGAGGCGGGCUUCGUAUCGGUGACGGGCGGGCCGGACGCGCCGGCCAAGGCGGGCAUCUCCAUCGCCGACAUCGCCGCCGGCAUGUACGCGUACAGCAGCAUCCUGGCCGCGCUCAUCGAGCGCGGCCGCACGGGCUGCGGCCGGCGCAUCGACAUUUCCAUGCUGGAGAGCAUGGUCGAGUGGAUGGGCUUUCCGCUGUACUACGCCAUGGACGGGCAGCCGCUCGUGCCGCGCACGGGGCUGACGCACGCGACCGUGUACCCGUACGGGCCGUUUGCCACGGCGGGCGGCGGCGGCGCGGCCGUGCUGUUUGGCGUGCAGAAUGAGCGCGAGUGGCUGCUGCUCUGCCGCGACGUGCUCGGCGACGAGGCCGUGGCCACGGACGCGCGCUUCGGCAGCAACGCGCUGCGCAGCGAGAACCGCGAGCCGCUGCGGGCCAUCAUCUGUGACAAGUUUGCGGGGUUGCCGGCGUCAGAGGUGCUGGAGAGGCUGGAUGCGGCGGGCAUCGCCAACGCCAAGGUGAAUGACAUGCAUGACGUCUGGGAGCAUCCGCAGCUGCGCGCAAGAGGCAGAUGGGCGGAGAUGGACACGCCGGCUGGGCGGGUGCCGACGUUGUUGCCGCCGGGGAUAGACGACCCAGAUGGGACGAGGUUGGAUGCGGUGCCGGCCGUGGGACAGCAUAACGAGAGCUUGUUUGCCGAGUUUGGUAUCGUGCGAGAAGAUGAAUAG